AUGAUUCCGGCGUCAGUGUUGGAGAACAAAACCAUUCUGGUUACAGGGUCAGCUGGAUUUCUUGCAAAAGUGUUUGUGGAGAAGGUGCUGAGGAUUCAACCUGACGUGAAGAAGCUCUACCUUCUCAUGAGAGCUCCAGAUUCCCACUCUGCAGCGAAGCGACUGCGAGACGAGGUGACGGAGAAGGAGCUGUUUAGGGUUGUGAAGGAGAAAUGGGGACCGAAUUUCUCGAAAUUCGUAUCGGAAAAAGUGGUUGCUGUUGCCGGGGAUGUCUCUCGCGAGGAUCUGGGAAUCGAGGACUUGGAUCUGAAGAAGGAAAUCUGGAAGGAGGCCGACUUGGUCGUCAAUUUCGCCGCCACUACCCGAUUUGAUGAGAGGGCAGGGCAUUAUGGAUGGCCCAACACUUACACGUUUACAAAGGCAAUGGGGGAGAGGAUAGUGAUGAGCUUGAAGGGCGACCUCCCACUUGUAAUCCUUCGCCCCACCAUCGUAACAAGCACCAUAAAAGACCCAUUUCCAGGGUGGACGGAGGGUGUCAGAACCAUCGACGGAUUCAUUGUGAACUAUGCUAAAGGGAUAAUGAAAUGCCUCAUUGAGAGGCCAGAAACCGUUUAUGAUCUGAUACCAGUAGAUAUGGUUGUGAAUUCGAUUGUAGGAUGUAUCUGUUCAGCAUUCCAGAACCAGCCUUUGGAUCUCAUUUAUCAUUUGGGCUCUUCACGAAACGCACUAACUUCAUCUGAUCUCCGACACUUGAUGUUCAUUUUCUUCUCUCGAAAUCCAUGGAAGGACCGCCAUGGAAGGCCGAUGAAAGCUAACAAGUGGAAGACAUUUAGCUCCUUCAAGACCUUUCAGAUUUACAUGACCAUCCGUUUCCUACUCCCUCUAAAGGUACUUUGUCUCGUAAAUGCAGCGCUUUGUCACAGAUUCGAAGCAAUGUGUGGUGAGCUCGAUCGUAAGUUAAAGGUGGCGAUGAGGCUGGUAAAACUUUACGAACCCUACUUGCUCUUUGUGGGGAUAUUUGAUGAUACUAAUUUGGAGAAGUUGAGGGCAAGGGGCAGUCAAAAUGGGUGGUGGGAUGCCGCGGAGAUGAAUAUGAAUGCAGGCAGCAUUGAUUGGAGCGACUACAUCAUGAAUGUUCACAUUCCAGGCCUUAUCCGAUUUGUCAAGUUCUAA